CGCUGCGCACAGACAAGGAGGUGGCGCUUCCGUAUGGGCAGGGGCGAGUGGGGGCUGCGGGCAGGUUCCCUUUGUGGCCCUGCAGGAAAUCCCUGGAUUUUGGGAACAUUCCCAGAAUUCCACCAUGGCGCCCUCGCGCAGCCGCUCCUCCACCCGAAUCCCGCCGUGCAUCCCCAAGCGCCAACUCCCGCCGGGAUACUCGGAUUCUCUCCUUUUCCUCUGUGCCCGCCGCAUCGUAGCCCACCACCCCCUUCCCAUUCUUCCUGCACUUCCUGCCCACCUCUACCCCAUCCUUUUCCAAGCGGCAUUCCUGGAUGGAAGACCCCUGGUCCUGCGGGAUUUGGUGGCUGCUUGGCCUUUCCCAGUGCUCAACUUCCAGCGGCUUGUGGGGCGCCGGGAGCUGCUCCGGGAUCAUCCCUGCAAGCUCUGUGUCCAGGCCGUCAUCCUGGCCGUGGUGGCGCAGCUCCGGCGGGAACUGGAAGAGCCUGGCUGUGAUUCCAGCGGGUGCCGCCUGCGUGUGCUGGAUGUGACAGGAGUUCCGGACGAUCCAGCCGGCCGUGCUCCGGACGGGAUGAGCGUCUGGUCUGGCACCGUGGCUUUGGCCAAGGCAUGCGUGGAGGUGUCCAAGCACCAGCGAGAAUUCCAGAGGCGCGGAUCCAAGCGGCACAAAGGCCGCUCCGGAGCUGCUACAGCCUCAGCCGCUCCGCAGCCUCCGGGUGUGGACGUCCACGCCGACCUGUUCGUCAACGGAACAUCCUACGGGAUUCUGCGCGACGCGCUCCAGACUGGAGCCACCAGCCCACUCCGCCUCAAGUGCCGCGAAUUCCAAGCAGAAAAGCUCUCCCUGGCUGGCAUCGUGAGCCUGCUGGAAUCUCUGGAUCCUUCCUGCGUUCGGAGGGUGGAUCUGCGCUUCCGGAAUUUGGGAUUGACCGGGCUCUCGGUGAUCCUGCCACACCUCUCGCGCUUCCCAGAGCUGCGCAGCCUCAAGCUCCAGUACAGCAACGUGGAUGUGCGGCGCCCGACGCCGGAAUCGGCCAUCGGAAUCCGCUGCCUGGCUGGGCAGCUGGGAAUGCUGCCCAGCCUCCGGGAGCUCAACCUGGGAUCCUCCCGGCUCUCCGGAAAUCUGCGCCAGAUCCUCUGCGACCUCCAGGCUCCGUUGGAAAGCUUGGAAUUGGCCUUCUGCUCCCUCGCUCCCGCUGACCUCGCCUUCCUCUCCCAAAGCUUCCAUGCUCCAGCCCUCAAAAAGUUGGAUCUGAGUGGCCACGAUUUCUCCCAAGGCCUCCUGGAGCCGCUCCGGCUGCUCCUGGAGGAAACCUCGGCCUCGCUGCUGCACCUGGAUCUCAUGGAAUGCCGCAUGGCCGACUCCCACCUGGAUGCGCUGCUCCCGACGCUCCGGCGCUGCUCCCGCCUGCGCUUCCUUGGACUCUAUGGCAAUUCCCUGUCCACAGCCGCACUCAAGGAUCUGCUCCAGAAAACCUUGGAGCUGCCAGAUCUCCACCUGGUCGUGUAUCCCUUCCCAGUGGAUUGCUACAAGCCAGAGCCCCCACGCCGAGUACCGGGAUCCCGGCGGAUUUACGAGGAACCCAUGGAUGGGGAACGUUUGGCAGCUGCCACCGCGGAGAUUUCCCAGCUGCUGGCUAAUUCUGGGAGAACCGACCUUGUCUGGACUUACAAUCCCUAUGGCCACGGAGCCCUGGACUAUUUCUCCUUGUGAUUUGGGAACAGCUUGAAGGCAGGAAAAACUUGGAGCCUCCAUUGCGGAAAAGCGCUGCCGCCUCCUUCCUAAAAUCAGUGUAUUUUCCGCCUCAUCCAGGUGCUUUUUUGCCUCAUUCCAGUGGUAUUUUUACUUUCGUCUUGGUGCUUUUCUGCCUGUUUUUUUUUCAGUUUUCUGCCUCACUCCAAUGUUUUUCUGCCCCAUCCCGAGAUUUUUCCUUGGUUUCAUAGAUUUUAUGCCACAUUUUGACAUUUCUCCCCCUCAUCCCAAUAGUUUUCCCCUCAUCCCGAUACUUCCCCCCUCAUCCCAGUGUUUUUCUGUCUCAGACCAGUAUUUUUCCUCCCAUUUAAUUAUUUUUCCCGGUGGUUUUUCAGCCCAUCCUGGUACUUUUCUGCUUCAUCCAGUAUUUUUCCAUCCCAUUUCAUGACUUUUCCAGCUCAUCCCAGUGUUUUUUUGGUUAGGAUUGGCUUUGCACAGCCAAAUUCCAGGAGGCUCCGGGACUGGAUUCCAUGGGAAGCUGCUGGAAGCUUCUCCCGUGUCCAGCCAAUCCUGUCAGGAACAAUGGCAAUGCCUCUGGAAUACGAACUGAGACAGAAGAAAUCAGUCGUAUCACAGGUGGAAUUAUGGAGCAGCACUUUGGUAAAGGAACAACUCCGGAGAUGAUUCCAAGGUGCUGGAGUGGAAAUUCCCAAAAUUCUGUGCUACAUCCAAAGGGAAGCUCAUCCUGGAGCUGCAUCUUGGGAGGGACCUGCAGAUCCAUGGAAAAAGGAGCGAUUCCUGGCAGGAAUCCCACGGAGGAAAAAACCUUUGGAGCAGGAUAUUCCUGACAUAUUUACGCCUUGGAAAAGUCCAUGAGGAAUUGUCUUCCAUGGGAAUGACACAUUGCAGAAAUCCAUGGAAAACUCUCCUGGGAUUGCCCUGGCUCCCAGCGCCGCUGGGGGGAUUGAGGGAAAGCUGGGAAAGAGUGAAUUGGGGGGAGGGGAAGGUUGGAUUUGGGGUCUUGUUAUCCUGCUCUGAUUCCGUUGGAAAUAAACUUAUCCUUUCCCAGA